AUGGAAAACAAAAUACUAACAAAGUAUCCUAUCUACUUGCAGAUAACAGCAGAAGAAAUUAGGCAACGUAAAUUUCUUAGAAGAGGAUUGCAGUUGAGCAUUAUGGUAGUUGGAGAAAUGGGUACCGGAAAAUCAACAUUUAUCAACACCCUUUGUGAUGAGGAUGUGAUUCCAGUAGAUGAAGCUCACGGGAAGAAGCAAUUGAGUAUCGAUAAGUACAGCACAACAAUAUUUGAAGGUGGAACAAAAAUUAAUUUGGACAUAGUGCUAGCAUCCGGAUUCGGGGAUUCCGUUGAUAAUUCAACGUGCACAUCUAAGAUUGUGAAAUAUAUUGAUGAUCAAUUUGAGGCUGCCUUAAAGGAGGAAUGUAAAAUUCAAAGGACACAUCAAUUUAGUGACAGUAGAGUCCAUGCUGCGAUUUAUUUCAUCAGACCAACUGGUAAAGGAUUGAGGCCCCUUGAUAUUCAAUGCAUGAAAGCACUUUCACAAAGAUGUAACGUUAUUCCGGUUAUAUCAAAAGGAGAUCUUCUCACAGAAGUAGAAAAAGCAGUGAAUCGGAAGUGCAUUAUGAGGGACUUAAAGAAAGCGGAGAUACCUAUCUACGAUUUUACCGCAUCAUUUGAGGAUAUAGGGGAAAUGCUGCCAGGUGUGAAUAUCAAUGAUUUAAUUCCAAUGUCAAUAGUUUCUGGAACUGAAAGAAAGAUUAUCGACGAUGUGGAAUACAAGGUGAGAAAAUUGCCACACGGGAUUGUCAGGGUGGAUGAUCCUUCUCACUCCGAUUUCUUACUCUUGAGGACUUGCCUUUUGGGUGCAUGCUUACAAGAUUUGAAAGAUACAACAGAGGAGAUUUAUUACGAGAAGUACAGAACAGAAAAGUUGUCAGAGGCUAGCAAGAAAUCCACUUUGGGUUCGGCCUCUCCUUCAUUAUCCAAGGUGAAAUCGAAAGCUUCGGGAAUAACUGCUAAUUAA